AUGACCAAUCCUCAGCCUACAAUAGAAGGUGGUGUUUCAGAAGUUGAGAUAAUUUCACAACAAGUGGAAGAAGAGACCAAAAGCAUUGCUCCUGUACAGCUUGUUAAUUUUGCUUAUCGAGAUCUACCUUUAGCUGCACUUGAUCUGUCUGUGGCUGGGUCCCAGCUUUUGUCAAAUUUGGAUGAGGAGUACCAAAGAGAAGGAUCUAACUGGCUAAAACCAUGCUGUGGGAGACGAGCAGCUGUGUGGCAGGUAUUUUUGCUCAGUGCAAGCCUCAACAGUUUCCUGGUAGCCUGUGUAGUAUUGGUGGUGAUUCUUCUGACUCUGGAACUCCUAAUAGAUAUAAAGCUUCUCCAGUUUUCAAGUGCUUCACAGUUUGCAGGAAUAAUUCACUGGAUCAGCCUAGUCAUCCUGUCUGUUUUCUUUUCAGAGACUAUUUUGAGGAUUGUGGUCCUUGGCAUAUGGGAUUACAUUGAAAACAAAAUAGAGGUGUUUGAUGGUGCUGUCAUAAUCUUGUCCUUGGCACCAAUGGUGGCCUCAACAGUGGCUAAUGGCCCCAGCAGCCCAUGGGAUGCUAUCAGCCUUAUUAUCACACUACGAAUAUGGAGAGUGAAGAGGAUCAUUGAUGCUUAUGUCCUUCCAGUGAAAGUGGAGAUGGAGAUGAUGAUUCAGCAAUAUGAGAAGGCAAAGGUUAUUCAAGAUGAACAGCUGGAAAGACUAACCCAGAUCUGCCAAGAACAAGGGUUUGAAAUCAGGCAGCUGAGGGCCCACCUUGCUCAGCAGGAUUUGGAUCUGGCUGCAGAGAGAGAGGCUGCGCUGCAGGUCCCACAUGUACUGAACAAACAGAGCAGCAACAGGUACAAGGUGGUAGCAACUGAAGAUUCGGAUGAUGAAGUCACCGAGAACAUCACUGAGCUGCGACCUCCACGAGAGGAUGACAUGAAUAAUUACAUCAGUCGAUACCGCAGUGAGCCUAGCAGUGACAGCGGCGUCCCUGAGGCAGCAAUCUGUGUGGUCACCACCGCCGCCAUCGACGUCCAUCGCCCCAACAUCUCUUCUGACCUCUUCACAGUGGAGGUGCCGAUGCCGCUGGGAAGCACGGGGAUGUCUGCCAGCAUCACGUCGGGCAGCGCCUCACGCUCGACCGUCAGCUCGGGCACCCAGGCCUGCAGCGAGAGCAGCCAGGCGCUCGGCUCCUCCCCGGACUGCAGCACGGCCUGCGAGGAUGCUGCGGAGGCUGGCACCGGCCCGCAGGCUGACAUUGCGCCCACUGGGCAGCGGGUGGCCCACGCCGUGGUGCAGGAGCUGCUGUCGUCCCUGUCGGAAGAGGCCUGCCUGGCGCAGAAGGGGCUGGAUCCUGUCAACCUGAAGCUGCCCAGCCCAGCGGGCUCAGUGGGGGCCAGCCCCGCUCUGGGCCACCAGCUGAGCAUCUACAACCGCAGGAACCAGGACAGCCUCGACGUCUUCCAGCUCAAGCCACUCAUCGACUGCCCCCAGGGUGCCCCGAUGAUUGAUGACAAGUAUGGGGCGCUGGGGCCCCCGGAGCCACGGCUGGGCAGGGUUCCCGAGGCAUAG